AGAGAUAAAGCAGAUACUUUACCUUGCUCCCAGCACCAACAGUGCCAGAGUUCAGGUUUGCUCAGUGGGGGGCCAGCAAUGGCGUUGUUCCCGGUGUUGCUGUUUCUGGCUGCUGUGUUGCUUCCAUUCUUUCCUGCAAAUGGAAAGGAGUCAACUCUUGCUGCUAUAAACACCACUCAAAAAGUAGUGCAAAGAGAGAUCGUAAAGAAACACAAUGACGUCAGAAGAUCAGUCUUUCCAAGGGCCAGAAACAUGCUGAAGAUGCAAUGGGACAGCAAGGCAGCAGCAAAUUCCCAAAAGUGGGCAAACAAGUGUACUUUCCAACACAGUGACCAAAAUGAUCGAAAAGUUGGUAAAAGGGACUGUGGUGAGAAUAUCUUUAUGUCAAGUAAGCCUACUCCAUGGUCACGAGUAAUCAAAACCUGGUUUAAUGAGGGAAUUAAUUUUAUCUAUGGUUAUGGAGCAAAAAGAAGUGAUAUAGUGGUUGGACAUUAUACCCAGGUUGUUUGGUACUCGUCUUACCUUGUUGGAUGUGGAGUUGCCUAUUGUCCCAAACACCAAAAUCUAAAAUACUAUUAUGUUUGCCACUAUUGUCCCAGUGGUAAUAUUGGAGUUGGCAGAAGUCUUACUCCCUACCUAAAAGGAACACCUUGUGGCAGCUGUCCUAAUAACUGUGACCAAGGAUUAUGCACCAAUCCUUGCGAGCAUGACAACGAUUAUUCUAACUGUCAUGAUAUGAUGAGCGAAAUGGGUUGUAAAAAUGAUUUUGUCAGUGAGCAUUGCAAGGCUGCCUGCAAUUGUUCAAAAAAGAUUUAUUAAAUGCCCAAUACAGACUGAUCAUGGCUAAGUGGAAGGAAGCCACAUCUACUUACACUUGACAUUUAUUACAAAGAAAUCACAUUUAUGUUAACUAAAAAUUUGAUUCCAAAUAGUAAUAUCUUUUUCUCCUGGGUCUUCUUUUUACUUUACAGAAAUGUCUCUCAUCCAAAGAAGGGUUCACAUGUGUGGUCUUUAAUUCCUUCUCUGCCAUUCACCCUUCUUCUCACUCAUUUAGCUUCCAUCCUUAUAAUUAAAUUAAUUUUUUUUCUUCCUAAAAAGAACCCAACCUUAAUUUUGCCCAAAACAAUGAAGACUUCUGAUUCUUCAUCUGCAUAAAAUGUACAGAAGAUGACCACACCUUCUUUUUUAAAACCCUCUUCUCUUAGACAUAUCUUCCUUAAAGAAGAACUUAAUAUAAUAUACAUAAAUACUCUUUCCUCCAGGAAGUAGAAGUUAGUUUCCUCUCUUUUGAGUCUGGGCUGACCUUUGUGACUCAUUUCCAAGAAAUCAAGUAUGGGAAGAAAACAAUAAUAAUUUCACAGUAGAGAAAUCUGGCAAAUGUCACCUUAACUAAGGAAUCAAAAUUAGCAUCAUCUGUAAUAAGUGGACUCCUGUACCCUUCAUCUGAUGUGAUUAGAACGGUAUUUCACUUCUGCAGCAUUAUUUCUAAAAACUUAUAACGCAAAUCUCGUCAUGAGAUAACAUAUUAGGCAAAUUUAAAUGAAGGGACAUUCUACAAAACACCACUAAUCAUGACGCCUCCAAACUGUUAAAAUCAUGAGCAAUAA